GACUCCGCACAAAGCGGUGUGAAGCGUGACGAAGAAUUCUGGUUCCACGACGGGAGCGUGGUCAUACGCGCGGGAGAGACAGCCUUUCGUCUCUUCAAGGGGCUCCUGGCUGCGCAAUCUCCGGUGCUUCACGACUUGUUCUCUGCUCCCAACUUCGCACCCGACGAGUAUAUCGAUGGCGUUCCUGUCGUGCGCGUCUUCGACGCUCCAGAGGACUGGCGCUACCUACUGCGCAUCCUGGUACCGAAGGGUGAAAUGAUAAGUCUGAAGGACUUUCCUUUGGUAUCGGCACUGAUACGCCUAGCGCACAAGUACCAGAUCGGCAGCCUCGAGCAACGCGCGAUCGAAGCCCUGAAGAGGAUGUACCCGAACACCUUCGAGUCGUUCGUCCAAGUUCAGAGUGAAGUCUACCCGGCGGACGCCAACAACGCUCGUCAACUUGCGUCAAACCCGCCGGUACUGGCCACGUAUGCCAUCAGCGCUACCAACCUUGCGCGACUUACCAACACCACUUCCGUCCUUCCUGCUGCUCUCUACCAUUGUGUCUGCCUGGGAGGCGCCGUUGUCAGAGGCUUAGUUCGCGAGGGCGGGCCCGUGGAGUUCCUCAGCGAAGCGGAUCUCGCCAUCUGCAUC